UGAGCGGCUUCGGCACACGUAUCAGAGGAGGCAGGAGAAGGAGAAUAACCGGCGGGCGCUGUAAUACCCGCAGUACUGAGUGAGUGGCUGCUCCGGUUCGAGAUUUGUGACGGCUUUUAUUAAUGUGAUGAGGACGAAGCACCAUGUCCUAUGUGCUGCCUGAGCGACUAAACCGGCAGGAAGACAUAAAGAAGGGGCUUCAGUUUAUUCAGUCCUCAUUACCAUACUUUGGUUCCCAGAAGGAAUAUGCAAUUUUUGUUCAGAAGCUGAUUAGAAACCUUUUCAAUGAAGGAAAUGACCUGUACAAAGAAGGACAGAAGAAGGACUCCAUAAACCAAUACUCAGAAGCACUCAGUAUAUCUAGCUACGCCACAAGUGAGGAAAUUGCUGUCACCAGCGAGACAUUGGAGAGGCUGCAUGUGAACCGGGCUACGUGUUACUUGGACAUGGGUUUACACGAGGAAGCUUUAAGAGAUUGCGAAGAGGCUUUAUGUAUUAAUAGCAAAAACCUGAGAGCACUGUAUUGCAAAUCCAAGGCCUUAUUUAUAUUAGAGCGGUACAAGGAGGCGUAUGAAGCCAUAGCCAGGUGCUCUCUCAUUGCCCCUAAGGAUGAGAGUGUGGUGACAUUAACCCAAGAACUAGCUAUGAAGAUUGGGCUGAAAAUCAGAAAGGCUUACGUCAGGGCUCAGCCUGGUGACCAGGUUACUCUUAUGGAUGCAGCUGAGAAGACAUCAGGUGGUUUAGCAGACAAACUAGAGCCAGAUUUGCCUGAGAUUGACGAUUACAACACUGCUCACUCAUCCUUCUCUGCAUUAAGUGUCGCUAAUGAAGCAUUAGAGCCGUCUCCUAUUCCGGUCUCCUCAGUCUCUCCCAGCGUGCGCCCUAUUUCCGAUGUGGGGCUUUUUCCCUCAGCACUGUCUAGUGAUGCAUCCGUUCUGUUCCCAAACUUACAUGAUGAAAUGAUUGGAGAUGAAUUGGAUCGCAUCCUUGAUUCUGUGCCAACGUCUGAUGACCUGAACAUGACUAACAAUACCAUAGGAGGAACAAGCAGAAUGAAUGCCUUUACAGCUCUGGACGCACUCCCAGUUUACCACAGUUAUUCAUAUUCCCAACUGGGGAUGCCUUCACUGGAUAGCUUUUCCCUUCGUCCAUUGUCUGUGAUAGGCUCCCAAAGAGAGGUGUCCAUAUUUGAUCACCUGAAUGGAACACCUAACACAAGUCUAGGAGAUGCACCUCUGUUCUCAAUGAAUGACAAUGCAUACUAUAUUCGACCUGUCAGCCCUAUAGAUGUUUCAGGAAUAUGUAAUAAAUCACCUUUCGUAGACUGCACUGUCAAUGGGGCACCAUCUCCUGUGUCAAGUGUGAGCCCCCUGAAAAGUACAAACCCUCUAGAAGAUACACAUGAGUUCAGACAGGUGUGUCCGCUCUGUUUCACCAAAGUGGGAUCAAAGUUACAAAGUGACAGUUACCUUCCCAACAUGGAUCAUAAAUGCAAGAAAGACAUUUUAAUAGGGAGGAUUAAAAGUCCUGCAGAUGAAAGCUGGAAAAGAAUAAGACCAAGACCAACAAAGAAUCAGUAUGCAGGACAAUACUAUAUAUGUAAAGAUGUUGCCCAAGGCACAGAUUGCACGUACCCAGGAUACUGCACGUUUGCAUAUUGCCAGGAAGAAAUUGAUGUGUGGACUCUGGAAAGAAAAGGGACAUUCUGCAGAGAAAUACUUUUUGGAGGCAAUGGAAAAGUCAGUUUCACAAUCCCCCACCUAUUGCAGGAAUACUGUGGGAUGUUUGUCUUCCUUUGUGAGAAAUGUUUUGAUCACAAACCCAGAAUUAUUAGCCAACAAAAUAAGGACAAGCCAUCCACUUGUUCACAUCCUGUGUCAAAACAUGGUUUUGAAGAAAAUAAGUGUCUUGUUCACAUGUUCAGAGACACUGUAGUAAAGUACUGCAAGAUCCGUCCAUUUAACAUUCACUUUGUGCUGGAUCUUUGUCGGCAUGAGGUUCGCUAUGGAUGCUUAAGAGAAGAUGACUGCUUCUAUGCACACAGCUUGGUGGAGCUCAGAGUCUGGGUGAUUCAGAAAGAGACAGAAAUUUCUUUUGAAGAAAUUGUACAGGAAUCUCAGAAUUAUUGGGCAAAGGAGUCCGCAGCACUAAAUCCCCAGCUGCUGAACAUUCACAGUAAUCACGGAUAUCCAAAAUUUAACAUUAAGUUUGUGUGCGCACAAUGCUGGAGAAACGGCCAAGUGAUUGAAGCAGACACAAACCGAAAAUAUUGCAGUGCAAAGGCAAGACAUACGUGGACCAGAGAUCGUCAGGUUGUGCUUGUGAUGUCCAAUGAGCGGAAAAAGUGGAUAUCUAUCCGACCAUGUCCGACAAAGAAACCAGUACCUGUUCAGUUUGAGUUGUGUCAUCAUAUUUUGAGUGGCAAAAAAUGCCAGUAUAUUGGAAAUUGUGCUUUUGCUCACAGCCAAGAAGAGAAAGAGAUUUGGACCUGUAUGAGAGAUCUAGGCAUUCAGGAUAUGGAAAAAUUGCAUGAGAAAUUGAUGAACAAGAAGAAGAUAGAGAAAGGAAAUGAGGUUUCAUGGCAAGCGAACAAGCAAAUUCACAUGCCCACUGACUACGCAGAAACUACAGUUGACUUUCAUUGCUGGCUUUGUGGUAAAAACUGCAACAGUGAGCGUCAGUGGAAGAGUCACAUCUCAUCAGAAAAACAUAAAGAGAAAGUAUUCCACUCAGAGGAUGAUCAGAACAUCUGGCAGCACCGUUUCCCCACUGGCGUCUUUACCGUAUGUAAAAGGUUCCUAUCUGGCUCAUGUAUUGAUGGAGAGAAAUGCCUAUAUGCUCAUGGAAAUGCAGAACUUCUGGAAUGGGAAGAAAGAAGUAAAGUUCUACACCAGAAACUAGUGAAAGCGUGCAAAGAUCAGCUCAUUAGGCCAGAUGAUAAUGACUUUGGAAAAUAUAGUUUUUUGAUUAAAGAUUUCAGUUAAACCUCUAAUUACAUUAGGAAUGAAAUACUAUGUGGAUACAAAUGUAGUAGAUUUAAAAAGCUCCUAAAAUUGUUAAGCAAUUUCUGCUCCCCUUGAUUUGGGUUACAUAAAGCAAAAGAUCAUUGUUGGAUUGGGCUAACUGUUACUAAAACCAUUACAGUUUGUUUGACCGUUAAUAAGUAAGGGAGCAAAGGAGCUACACUGAGAGAUGCCUUAAGUCAGCAUUGCAGACAGACACAUAGGUUUAAUUGAGGCACAACGCUAUGAAUCGCUUCCUGUCCCACAAACUAUUAAGGUUUUACGGUUAUUUUGAUUUUUCUUCAAAAACAUAUUUUUCAUGUGAUUAUUUUACGGAAACUUAGCCCAUUCCUGUCACAGUGUUCUGAAAUCAUAUGCUAGAACCAAAUGCAUUUUCUCUAGCAUCCAUAAGGGAUAUU